AUGACCGAGAAACACAAGUCACCCUCACCCUCCAAAGACAAAGCCGUUGAUAAGAAGAAAAAACUCAAGCAUGAGCAGCACAAGAACAAGAAGAAACAGACCACUUCUUCAAAAGAGAAAGCACAUCGUCAUCGCCACAAACAUUCCAACAGUAACAAUAGUCUUCAAACACAUCACGAAGAUGAAUCAACAGUAACCAUCAAUGAACAGCAAAAGAACUAUAAAAUUGGAAUGUUGGGAGAUUCUGGUGUUGGAAAAGCUUCACUGUGUGUCGAAUUUACAAAAUCAAGGAAGGUCAGAGCAUCCAGACCUUCAGCGUAUGACCCAACAGAUGAGAGACGUUUCUAUCAAAUCCUUCAAAUAGAGGAUGAAUCAGUGUCAGUUCAAAUCAUUAACAACAGUGGACAGGAAAUGAUGAGUGCUGUCGAAGACAUCUAUUACAGCAAAUGUCUUGGAUUUCUUCUCAUAUUUGCUGUGGAUGAUCGAGAGUCUUUUCACAAUGCCACGACCAGACAUUUUGAAAAGAUUUUGCGUGUGAAGGAUGCAGAAGAUAAUGAAGAUAUUCCACACAACAUUCCAAUCAUUCUUGUAGGUAAUAAGGCCGACGUUGAUCCAACUCAAAGAAAAGUGUCAAAAGAAGAGGCCAUUCAAUUCUGCAAUAGGAAAUUCCUUAAAUACAUUGAAACAUCGACCUUUGAGCAAGUGAAUAUCUAUGAAGCAUUUGAAAUGAUCGUGCGGGAAAUUAUUGAAAGUAAUUUCAUUGAGGGCAUGAAAUCCAAACUCAAGGAUCAAGACAAAUACAUUUCGUCACGUUCUUCAAGAAAUAAACAUACAUGCAACAUACUUUAA